CCCCUAACGAACGGUCACACUAAUAAGGAAAUCUAGAGUAUUCGUGAAAAUUCUGCAUACGGAAAACGGAAAAUCCCAAGCAAUUAACAGUUUAUAAAAAACCACGAAAAUGUCUUUAUUCGGAGCGCUGAUGGGGGACUUUGAUGACGAUCUUGGUUUAAUGAACAAUCACAUGAACCACACAAUGAACGCGAUGAACAUGCAGAUGCGAUCAAUGAACCGCCUGAUGAACACCUUUAUGCCGGAUCCCUUCAUGCAGGUAUCGCCCUUCGAUCCAGGCUUCCAGCAGGGCGCCCUAAUGGAGCGUCCGCAGAUGCCGGCCAUGCCCGCCAUGGGACUCUUCGGCAUGCCCAUGAUGCCAAACUUCAAUCGCUUGCUAAAUGCUGAUAUCGGUGGCAAUCCGGGCGCCUCCUUCUGCCAAAGCACCGUGAUGACCAUGUCCUCGGGUCCCGACGGACGCCCGCAGAUCUACCAGGCCAGCACUAGCACCAAAACCGGUCCAGGAGGUGUUCGUGAGACUCGCAAGACGGUACAGGACUCGCGCACUGGUGUAAAGAAGAUGGCCAUUGGUCAUCACAUUGGUGAGCGGGCCCACAUCAUUGAGAAGGAGCAGGACAUGCGCUCCGGACAGCUAGAGGAGCGCCAGGAGUUCAUCAAUCUGGAGGAAGAGGAAGCUGAGCAGUUUGACCGCGAGUUCACAUCGCGCGCAACGCGCGGAGCGGUACAGUCAGGACCUCGUGGAGGUGCGAUGCAGGCAAUCAUGCCCGCCCGCCCGGCGGCUCAUACCUCAACGUUGACCAUUGAACCGGUGGAGGAUGACGACGAAGAUGAUGACUGUGUGAUCCAGGAGCAAACGCCAGUUCGCUCCUCCGCGGGCCGGCACUAUUCCACUGCACCAACGGCACCGCUGAACAGUGGCAACAUUUCAACAACAGCAGCAGCAACAUCUUCGCCAGUUACCUACGAUAUAAGCAGCGGAAACAACAACAACUACGUGAGCUCUCGUCGUUCGUACCUGCGAAAUGGCCAUGGUCAUGGGCAUGGCCUCGCCACGCCCCGUCGCCCACUCCGGACGCCCCCAUCCUCGCCGCUGGCCACGGUAUCCACUGCUCCAAGCAUUCACACACAUCCCUAUGCCGCCAAUCCGAGGCGCCAUCAGCGCUUGAAGCAUCAGCAGCACACGGAGGACGACGAGGCUAGCUCCUCUAAGACGAGCAAGCGCGGCAAGAAGUAAUAGAAGCAGCGUGAUUAGCUCCAUACCAACAUCUUCCAAACCGCACACUCACAACCACUGGGAAGCAAGCGUUGGUUCUGUUCCAGAGCAUCUUUAUGUUACAGCAGAAUAACCAUUUCAAAUAUUGUAAACCUUUUUCUUGAGUUGUUCUGUUAUAUGAGACAGCCUCACUUUAGCAUUACACAUUUGGCAAGUUGAUGCUUUUUUGAUGUCCACACUGGAUAUAGAUCAACUAGCUUGCACUUACUUAAAACAAAAAGGACUAUUCAACGCCGAAAGCAUUACACUCUCACAUCUAAUCGAAAAAUUCAAUGAAAGUAAUGAAAAAUAUAUGGAAAUCCUAAAUAUAAGUUUGAAUUAUUUGGUUAAUUCUCAAGUUUCUAGAUUUCGUUAGCAACUAAGCUUUAAAUUACGGAGACCAAAUCCUGAUAGAUGAUGAUUCAACGGCUCCAAAACCAUAGAAAACUAUAAUUACCAUUUACCAAUUCCCCAAUACAUGUAAUUCGUAAGGCUUAAGUAAAUGUUGAUGUGAAUUUAAUUAAACGGUAAUUACAUUAUAUUAGUGAA